UCGAAAUCAUCCGCUUAGUGAAAAGUGAAAAUCCCACCCUUUCCAAUCAUUAAAAACAAACAACCAUGAAAUACUGUGUGUUCGGCGUGCUGUUUCUCAUCGCUGCUCUGCCAAUCGAAGCACGCAAUUACGAGACAUCGGAUGCCGUCAUCACCGAAGUUGAAGAUGUCAAGGAGAGCGUGAAAGGACGGUCGAUGGAUAAGAGUGACGCGGUCAAGCCAACAGGCGAACCAGUUUUCGGCAGAUCGCGCAAGUUUGUUCCAAUGUUACCUAGUGGAACGUUCCUGCUGUCGGACCGCACUUGCUGGACACCUGACGGCAAAUUUGGCACCUGCAGUUCCGUCCGUUCGUGCAACCCAAACGUCAAACUUCCAUUGAAAAAUGAUGUGGAUUCCGGAAUACCCAGCGCUCGUGGCACUUGCCACUAUUCAGAAUUAGACGGCCGACAGGUGUACGGAGUGUGCUGUGCCGUGAAACAAGCCCCACCUUUCGGAAUUUACGGCCCGCCGUUCGGCAGUUCUUUCGGGUUUCCAGCAAAUCCAUGGUGGCCACCUUAUUUCCCCUUUGGUGCGCCAGCAUUUCCGGCUGUUGGAACCGGACCUUCUUUCGCACCUCCCACGACACCUUCCCCACCCAGUACUACUAGCCCAUGGUGGGUACCCGAUCCAACGACUACGACUUCAAAACCAAGUACGACCAGUCCGUGGUGGGUCCCUGACCAACCGACCACAACAACCGCGGCCAGCGUUACGACCUCAACCACCGGACCCAGCACCACCAGCCCGUGGUGGGUACCGGAGAGCACGACAUCUACACCAUCGACAACUAGUACAUCCACAACAUCGAAGCCAAUUGUUCAACCAGUUGUGGCUGCCGAAGAAGGCACAGGAAGUUGCGGAAGAGGACCGAAGAAAACGUUGAGCCUUGACGAGCAAAGACGCAUCGUUGGUGGAACGACUGCGCUCAGGCACUCAUGGCCCUUCAUUGUUGCACUGUUCAGCCGGGGGCGCCAUUUUUGCGGAGGUUCCUUGAUAGACGAGUCUCACAUUUUGACCGCUGCGCAUUGCAUUGCUCAUAUGUCGUCGACUGACAUCUCGCGCUUAGAAGUAGCGCUGGGCAUGCAUACCCUUAAGCCUUACGACACGCAAGCGUUGCGGAAGAGAGUCCGUCGCGUUGUCCGACACAAGGGCUUCGAUCCCGUUACGUUGUACAACGAUGUUGCCAUUUUAACUUUGGAUUCACCAGUGACGUUCUCAAAUGCCAUUUCUCCGGUGUGUUUGCCACCGAUCGGAACCACCGACCAGUUUGUUAGUAAAGAAUCUACCGUCGUCGGAUGGGGAGCCUUGAAAGAAGGUGGCCGUCAGCCAGAGACGUUGCAACAAGUGACCGUUCAAAUCCAGUCGAAUGCCGAAUGCAAAAGGAACUAUGGAAAAGACGCUCCUGGUGGAAUCGUUGAUCACAUGAUUUGCGCCGCUUAUCCCGGAAGAGAUUCGUGCAGCGGGGACAGCGGAGGCCCAAUGGUAACGCAAGACUCUCCCAAUUCUCCUUGGGUACAAGCUGGUAUUGUAAGCUGGGGAAUCGGUUGCGGAAAACCUCCUUAUCCAGGAGUUUACAGUCGCGUUACAUCGUUUUUGGAAUGGAUUCAGAAGAACACGCAGUAAUUCUAGCAACAAGUGGGAAUGAAAUUACCAUCGAAUACGCUCUACCACGACGUAAUUCAACUGCUUACAACGAAACGGUCAAAAAGGGGAGGGGACAAUGACCCAAUUUAAAAUUUUCAUUUAGGAGUGUUUUGUUUUAAAAUCUAAGAAAAAAAAAAAAAAUUCUCUAUCUGAGAUCAUCUUUUAUCUUUUCUUCUAAUGAAAUGGAACGUGUGACGGUUUGUUUUGUUUGGUUUUUUUUUUUUCGGUUGGAGUUUUGUUUUUACUAGAGUAUUUUCAAGAUUAAAAGACAAGAUUCAAAACCGAGUGCUUCGUCAACACUUUACUUGCCUAAUAUGGUGGAAUUCUUUUAGAAUGCAUAACAACUUAAAAAAAAAAAUGUGUGUUCACAAUCAAGUUGGUUGCGCAUAAAUCAUUCCAAUUUGUUGGGGGUGAGGCCCAUUCUUAUAUCUUCAAAUCGUCUUUUUAUGCAAAAGCCGUUAUCAGAUUGGAAGUAAAAUAAAGGUGUUAAGUGUU